CGUCGUCGUCGUCGUCGUCCCCAAAAUUCUUGCUUGGAGAGAAAUCAAGCGAAGCGAUCAGAGCAAUGGACGUCCUCAUGGGCUCCAUCGACGUCCGAGACCUCCUCUCGAGCUCCCUCUCCAUCAAAUCCCGCGUCAGAUCCUACGUCCUCUCUCACCGCGACGACUUCGCCUCCAUCUUCUCCCUCUCCGCCUCCUCCUCCGCCUCCGUCGCCUCCCUCUCCGACUCCCUCGCGGACGCCCUCCGCCUCCUCUCUGAUCGCCCCCUCGACGGCGAGAUACGUGGCCUCGCGCGCGAGAUCUGCGAGAGGAGGAGGGAGCUUCAGGAGAAGAGGGAGGCGCUGGGGGUCGUGGAGGUGAUCAGAGGGGUUUUGGAGAGGUUAGGGUUAGUUAAGGAGAGGUUGGGGGAUGGGAGGUUGAAGGAGGCGGCGAUUAUGAUGAAGGAGUUGAAAGAAGGGUUAGGGUUAGGGCUGGAAUCUGAGGAGGAGGAAAAUGAGCCGGCCGUGUUUGGGUUUCUGAGGAAGGAGUGCUUGGAUUGCUUCGAUGAGCUGCAAGGGAUCCUUGCCAAAAACAUGGGAGAAGCUGUGCAAUUUGAGGUGGAGAAUGGCAGCGUGAUCGUAAGGUUAAAGCCAAUAACUGCUGGUGCGAAUGAUAUUGAUCUUUAUACAACACUGGAGGCAAUGGAGAUAGUUGGUGUUCUGGACUAUGGACUGGCAAAGACAGCAGAUUUAAUGAUCAAACACGUCAUUAAUCCUGCAAUAAGCAAUGUGUCAGUUGACAUCUUUGUGGAAGAAUUUGAUGAAGGUUCUGUUGUAAAGCACGAGGCAAUUCUAAAAUUACUUCCUUCCUCUGAAUACAAGGAACAUCUAGAUGGUCCCAUUAUUUAUGCAAGGCUCACUGAAGUUGUAAAGUUUAUCUACAAAUUCGUUUGUGUUGAGAAUGGAGCAUGGAUGCAGUGCUUUGGAAGGUUGACCUGGCCAAGAAUGUCUGACCUGAUCAUCACUUUUUUCCUGUCCAAGGCUGUUCCUGAUGAUGCAUCAAAGAUGGUGGAUUUCCAAAAUGUUAUAAGAUAUACUGCUGAGUUUGAGACCUCUUUGAAGGAAAUGAAAUUUAUUUCGAUGACAGAAAAUAAGGAAGAUAGGUUGAGCCAUUUCACACACAAUGUCGAGGUUCAUUUUGCUUCCCGGAAGAAGCUAGAGAUUUUGGCAAAAUCUAGAAAGAUACUGCUGCAGUUUGAUCACUUAUUUUCUUCUGAUGCAAAAGGUUCUUCCAAGGAUUCCAGCUUUCUUGAAGGUUUCUCUGAGCAUGCUGCUGAUUUACUUUUCCAGCACGGGAGAUGCUUUAUAUCUAAAGCAGUUUCUCAGCUCAUGGAACUAGUGCAUGCAACACUUAAGGAUGCUUGUUUGUCUUCUUCAAGAGUGGCAAAAGAGUUCUAUCAUGCUGCUAGAGAUGUCCUACUAUUGUACAAAGCUAUUGUACCAAUCAAGCUAGAGAAGCAGUUGAAUAAUAUCAGCCAACUGGCAAUAAUUGUACACAAUGACUGCUACUACCUGUCCCAGGAGGUUCUUGGACUUGCCUUUGAGUAUCGCGUCAAUUUCCCAAGUGGCUUAAAGAAGCUUGCGGUUUUUGCUGACAUUGCACCCAACUUUUAUCAAAUGGCUGAGCGCAUAUUGCAAAAGCAAAUUCAAUUAGUUGGCAAUAGUUUGAUGGAGGCUAUAGAUGGUGCUGAUGGGUUUCAGAAUACACAUCAACCUCAGCAGUACGAGUCGGCAAAAUUUAGUAUAGAACAGGUUGUCUUCAUUUUGGAGAAAGUUCAUAUCAUAUGGGAGCCACUCAUGCCAGCAUCAGUUUACAAGAAAACUAUGUACAUACUUUUAGAUUCGGUCUUCUCUAGAAUUACAAAAGACUUGCUCCUUUUGGAUGACAUGGCUGCUGAAGAAACCUUGCAGCUCCAGAGAUUGAUUCACAUGACAUUAGAGAAUCUAUCCUCAUUGUCUGAAUCCCUCAUCGCCAAUGGAGAUGAAAAAUAUAGCUCACUGAAGUCAAUAUUGGAUCAUUUAGACAUGAAGAUACCAUCUCUACGCAAAAUUCGCAAGCUAGCAGACUUGCUAGAUAUGCCUCUGAGAUCUAUCACGGAAACCUGGGAGAGUGGUGAGUUGCAUAGCUGCGGUUUCACGGCUUCUGAGGUGGAGAAUUUUGUCAAGGCAAUAUUCACAGAUUCACCCCUAAGAAAGGAGUGUUUAUGGAGGAUACAAGAUUCGUUUUCAUAGUCCCUUUGUGUGUGGGUAAAAUGGCUUUACCAGGUUUAUAUUUGGGUUCAGCCCCUUUUAUGUGGGUACCCUUGUACGAAAAUAUUAAUUUGUAAAUUUAUAUAAACUUUUUUUUUUCUCUCCCAAAUAUAUUGUUUGGAGAUGCAGGAUUGGAACCUUUCUUGUUCCGUGUGCUGUGAUUCACUAUCUGUUCAAUAUUUGCAAGUUGCUCCA